AAGGGAUUUACCCAGCGUCUAGGAUUAGACUACGAUUCGACCUUUAGUCCGGUAGUCAAACUAGUAACUGUUUGGUUGGUGCUUACUAUUGCGAUGCAGUACCAUUGGCCUAUCCAGCAGAUUGAUGUAAAUAAUGCCUUCCUGCAAGGACGUAUUGAGGAAGAAGUGUAUAUGAGCCAUCCACCAGGCUUUGAAGAGCGAAGACUCUCCACCCAUGUCUGCAAGCUGAACAAAGCGAUCUAUGGUUUGAAACAAGCUCCCCGAGCAUGGUACACUUAGCUCAAAAAUUAUUUGUUAACUUUUGGGUUUGCCAAGUCUCAAUCUGACUCUUCUUUAUUUAUUUUGCAUAAAUUUGGGUUCACUGUGUAUGUUCUUAUCUAUGUGGAUGAUAUAAUCAUCACUGGAAAUCAGAUUUGGGAAGUUCGUCAUAUAAUAGAUGGUCUUUCCAAUCGUUUCUCUUUGAAAGACCUUGGAUAGCUCCAUUACUUUUUGGGCGUAGAGGAUGGUCUUUUUUUGUCUCAGCACAAGUAUAUUAUGGAUCUUUUAGAUGAUGUUGGUAUGAUAGGCUAUAAAGGAGUACCUACACCUAUGACUUCAACUACCACUUUGACAGCCUCGGUUAAUAAUCCUCCAAUUGAUGGUACUCUUUAUCGACGGGUAAUUGGAAAGUUUCACUACUUAUCCUUUACACGUCCUGAUAUUGCCUUCACAGUUAGCAAGCUUUCUCAAUUUAUGCACAAUCCACGUCACUGUCACCGGAAAGUAGUCAAGCAAUUACUUUGUUAUCUUCAUCACACCUGCCAAUAUGGUAUACGGAUCGCAAAAGCUCCAGAUUCUCGUCUGGUUGUUUAUUCUGAUUUGGAUUGGGCUGGUGAUCUGGAAGAUCGCACCUCUACAUCUGGAUAUGUUAUUUUCAUGGGAAGCACACCAAUUUCUUGGUCAUCAAAGAAACAACGCUCAGUCUCUCAAUCCUCUACAGAAGCUGAGUACAGAGGUGCAGCUGCUGCUGUUGCAGAAACCAACUGGAUAACAAAUCUUCUUCACGAACUUCGUCGUAGGUUUUCUGUGACAACAUAAGCACCACUUACAUUUAUUCCAAUCCAUUUUUCCAUAGUAGGAUGAAGCAUGUAGCCAUUGAUUUCCACUUUGUUCGUGAACAGGUUCAGAACAAAGAUAUUGAAGUACAUGACGUUCACUCAGCUGAUCAAGUGGCUGAUAUACUCACAAAACUACUUCCCAAAGCCUCUUUUGUACAGCAAUUUUCCAAGUUGGGUGUCGUUGACACCACCAACUUGCGGGGGCGUAAUAAAGGAUAAAAUCAGCUCCUAUUUUUUAAAUUUCAAAUUUAGUAGUUCCUUCUCUUUAGGACUCUUGUAUAUAGAUAAGUAUUAUCCUUUUCUUAGUUUAUCUUUUUGUUGUAUUGUAU